AUGGUCCGAGAGUACACCAAAGACACCACAGCCGACGAGCUCGUCAAAGACCUCGCCGGCGAAAUCGCCAACAAGGUCGUUCUCGUCACCGGCGUCUCCCAGGGCACCCUCGGCGGCAUCUUCCUCGAAUACAUUGUCAAAGCGAACCCAUCCCGCCUCAUCCUCGCCGGACGCACCUUGAGCAAAACCCAGCAGACGGCAGAUGCCCUCAAAGCAGCGCACCCGAAUAUCGACAUCCGCACGCUGCAAGUUGAUCUUUCCUCGUUGGCUGACGUGCGCGAGGCUGCUGCCAAGGUGAACUCGUGGGAGGAUGUUCCGCAUAUUGAUGUGUUGGUGAACAAUGCGGGCAUCAUGGCGAUUCCGUACCAGGUGACGGUUGAUGGGUUUGAGAUGCAGUUUGGGAGCAACCACCUGGGACCAUUCCUCUUUACCAACCUCAUCAUGGAUAAGAUUCUGGCUUCCAAGGCGCCACGCAUUGUCAAUGUUUCUAGCAGUGGACAUCGUCUCAACCCGAUUCGCUUCUUUGACUACAACUUCGGAGACGGCGAAACGUACAACAGAUGGCAGGCCUACGGCCAGUCCAAGACAGCCAACAUGCUCAUGGCCGUCUCUCUGGCGGAAAAGCUGGGCUCCCGUGGUCUUACGGCGUUUAGUCUCCAUCCGGGUACGAUCAUGACGCAUCUCGGCGAGCACAUUGACUUUUCAGUCGAGUUUGCGACAUUGGCUGCUGCCGAUAGACUUCUGGGAAACGCCGAGGGAUGGCUUACUGAGUUUGACUUCAAGACGCCGGAUAGGGGCGUGGCAACGCACAUUUACGCGGCGUUUGAGCCCAGUCUCAAGGAAGUCAAUGGUGUAUACCUGGAGGACGCACAUGUUGCCGAUCCGUUUGUGCAGACGGUCAAGCCAUGGGGCACGAGUAAAGUCGAGGCUGAGCGCCUGUGGAAGUUGAGCGAGAAGCUGGUUGGACAGGAGUUUUCUUUUUAA